UCGAAACCGUUAGCGAAAGCUUUGCGCUCAGUCGCUCCCGACACACGCUGCAUUAAGGGUGGAAAUUCGACAAAACGGAAAAGACGCGACCAAGCGAAUCAAACCAAAGCAAUAGCAAAACAAAAUCUGUGCGAAUUAACAGCAACAACACGCCUACAUAAGCAGCGCGACUCUCUAACGAAAAGCAUUUCGCGAUUUAUUUAACAACAACAACAGCACAAGGCCCACAGCAGCGUCGCAUAUACCUCGUAUACAUCGUCAUGUUGUUUAUGUGUCACCAAAUGGCCAUGAAGAAGGAGGCCCAAGACAAACAGAAAGCGGAGCAACGGCGUAAGGCCCAGUCCGUCUCUGAUAUACCCAUCAUUUGGAUUCUGGGCGGCCCCGGCUGCGGCAAAGGCACCCAAUGUGCCAAGAUCGUGGAGAAAUACGGUUUCACACACUUGAGCAGCGGCGAUUUGCUCAGGGAGGAGGUCGCCUCUGGCUCCGACAAGGGCCGCGAGCUGCAGGAGCUGAUGGUCAGCGGCGCUUUGGUGCCCAAUGCGCAGGUCCUUUCGCUGCUGAAUGCAGCCAUUACCCGGGCCAAGGGCGCCUCGAAGGGCUUCUUGAUCGAUGGCUAUCCACGCGAGAAGAACCAGGGCAUUGAGUUCGAGGCACAAAUCGCGCCCGCCGAUCUGGCCAUCUACUUCGACUGCUCGGAGGAGACGAUGCUCAAGCGCAUCCUGGCACGCGCCGCCGCUGCCACAGAGAAGCGCGCCGACGACAACGAGGCGACCAUUCGCUCCCGCUUGCAGACCUUCAAGCGCAACACGAGCGACAUCCUCGCACUCUAUGAGGAGAAGACGCUGACGAUCAAUGCUGAGCGCGAUGUGGAGGACAUUUUCAUGGAGGUCGUGGAGGCCAUCGACUGUGUGCUGCAGAAGAAGGAGCGAGAGUCCAAAAUUUGUUAACCCAGUGCACAAGAGAGACUUUUCUAGCACAACAAUUUGCACC